AGAACCGUUUUCUCUCUCAACUCCUGAUAACGCCAUCCAGGCGCGUUUCAAGCAAUAAACAAUGAAGAUCGAGAACGGCCUGACUUGCCUUGAUGAGGUGCAGCCCCUUGAUGGACUACAGUUCACCGUGGCCACAGAGGAAGACUUUGAUGACAUCAUGGCCAUGAGCCAGGAUAUUUAUGGUGGGCUAGACUACCUUCCCACCCGCUAUCAGUCUUGGCUGCAGGAGACAAACCGCACCGUCAUCCUUGCUCGCAAACAGGGCAAAGUGAUUGCACUUGAGUCAGUGUGUGUUAUUGAUGAUGGGGAAACUAUGCUUGUGGAGGGUCUCCGUGUGGCUGCUCAAGAGAGGGGCAAAGGUGUUGCACGGGUGCUGCUCCGCUUCUGCUCCCAGUUUGUUAAGUCCAACUAUCCUGAAGUUAAAGUGACCAGACUGACCAGAGAUGACCAACUUGGGCCCAAGGACUUUCAGAAGUACAGAAUUAUCACCAAACAGGGCAUCCUGCUGGUACACUUCCAUGCUGAAGAUCUAAAGCUUCACCUUGCAGAUCUUGGCGAUAAUGUGGGAAUUGAAGGAGAUAACCUGCCAGCUUCCAGUACCCCAGUGCGCUUGCAACCUGAAGAAGUUAACCAGAUUUUCUUAAACAGUAAGGCAAUGCAGGAUGUCUUACCCAAUGCCACCAUUGUGCAAGACUGGCAGCCCUUCAAACCUCUGCCCAGCAACAUGGAUAUCUUGCUGAAGAAAGACAUUGAUUGGAUGGUGGAUGACCUCAAUGGCCCAACUAUGGCCAGCCUGUGCACUUUUCCCUUCCGUGUACCUAUUGGCGAAGACUGGUACUACCUCAACAUCGACAUGUUUGGUAAAGAUCUUUCCCUGGCUUUGCAGCAACUUCUGUGUCACCUGAGGCGCCACACCAGCGUUCUGAAGGGCAACGUCAUGUGCCAGGUGUUUCUGGACCCACCACUAUGGAAGCCCAUGGCUGACUUCUUCAAGAAGACCCUGAAAGUGGAGCUGGUGAAGGAAUACACAGAGCAGUGUGUGGUGGAAUCUGACAUGAUUUAAGAAAAUGAAAAGCUUAAGCCAGCCCUCACCCCACUCCUGGAGGCCAAACUAUAAUAACUGUUAGAGCUUUGACAUCACUCAAAUGGUUUCCUUUCAUAUUUUGCCCCAGAUCAAAACACCUAAAUAUAAAAACAACACAAGGGCUAAAAGGACCUUGUAGAUAAACUGAAAAGGCUGAAUCUUGAAUCCUAAAGCUAGUUUAAUAAGCCUAAGAAGAUUUUGUUGUUAAGAUUUAAAAACUAAAGUAUUAUGCAACAAGAAUCUUUCAUGAUGU